UACCCUCGCCCGGCGCGUGCGGCCGUAGCUUCUCGGCCUUCUGUCCCGCCCCGCCCCGUCCCGCCGGGCACGGCCGGGCCCCGCCCCCUUCCUGGCGCGAGCCGCUUCCUGACGCGAUUCCCCGCCCCCUCCUGGUUCAGGCAGGGAGUCGGGCCCCGGGCCGACGCCGCCACCUGGGCCGCUGCCGCCGCCAUAACCUCGAUUCGCCCAUCUCCCGCCAUGGCCGAGGAGCUCUCCGCGGCCACGUCCUACACCGAAGAUGAUUUCUACUGCCCCGUCUGUCAGGAGGUGCUCAAAACGCCCGUACGGACCGCGGCUUGUCAGCACGUUUUCUGUAGAAAAUGUUUCCUGACUGCAAUGAGAGAAAGCGGAAUACAUUGUCCCCUGUGUCGUGGAAAUGUGACUAGAAGAGAGAGAGCAUGUCCUGAACGGGCCUUAGACCUUGAAAAUAUCAUGAGGAGGUUUUCUGGUAGCUGCAGAUGCUGUGCAAAACAGAUUAAAUUCUAUCGCAUGAGACAUCAUUACAAAUCUUGUAAGAAGUACCAAGAUGAAUAUGGUGUUUCUUCUGUCAUUCCAAACUUUCAGAUCUCUCAAGAUUCAGUAGGGAACAGUAAUAGGAGUGAAACAUCCACAUCUGAUAACACAGAAACUUAUCAAGACAAUACAAGUUCUUCUGGGCAUCCCACCUUUAAGUGUCCCUUGUGUCAAGAAUCAAAUUUUACCAGACAGCGUUUACUGGAUCACUGUAAUAGUAAUCACCUAUUUCAGAUAGUUCCUGUGACAUGUCCUAUUUGUGUAUCUCUUCCUUGGGGAGAUCCUAGCCAGAUUACUAGAAAUUUCGUUAGUCAUCUAAAUCAAAGACAUCAGUUUGAUUAUGGAGAAUUUGUGAAUCUUCAGCUAGAUGAGGAAACCCAAUAUCAAACUGCUGUUGAAGAAUCUUUUCAGGUAAACAUCUGAAGGCUGUAGACGUCUCUGCAUCUUUGUACCUGCAAGUGCCAUCUUUAAGGAGAAAACUACAUGAACUCGCCGUUUCAGUAACUUGAUGUGUAUAUUAAUAAAAGUAAUUCAGUCUAUUGUUUUAGUUUUUAAUUGAAAAAUAAAGGUGGGCCAUCUAAAAACUUCAUUCUCUUGAUAAGUUAAAAGAUAAAAGUUAGGACAUUAUCUUUAAAAGCAUUAAAAGGAUUAUAUUUCAUUAAUGUAAUGGUGAUAAAGGGAAUCCCUGUUGUACUUAUCUUUUUUAUAUUACAUAUUGAGUUUUUCCUUGCUUUUGAAAUUUGGUGCAGUUCCUCCCAUUGACAUUAUUGUACACAGGUAACACAGUACCAAAUUGUGAAAGAUGUGAUUGAUAUAAACCUAACAAAUCUGAGCCAGUUAUUUGAGUUGCAGAAUGGAGACUUGAAGUGCUAAAUGAAACAAUCCAAAGGAAACUUUUUAAAAUACAGAUUCUAGCAGAAGAAUUCAACUAUUAUAAGAAAAUUGUAUUUAUAUGACGUUUAGUAUUUUUGAAGACUAGUGAGAUUUCUUUACUAAUCUUGACUCUUUAAAAAGUGAAAGCUCAUUUAUAGAUACUUCCUUUUUGUUGUUAGAAGGAAAUAUCAAGAGAAAAAUUUAUUUCUUUGGUGGGCAGUUGAUAAUUUCAAAUCUUGUUUGUUUGGCUGACUAAUUUGUAAGCCUAAAGUACAGUAAGCUGAAUUACAGCUCUUUGGCCUCAGAAUUUUCAAUAGCAGAAUUGAUGAUUAGCUAAGACGAAACUUUUAUUAGAAACUUUCAGUUGGUGAUAUUACAUUCUAUAUAUAUAUUUAAAUGAGAGGUUUGACUUCAUCUCAGUUUAGAAAUUCGUUCAAAUCUAAAGAUGUAUAUGCAUAUAUACAUACACUUUUGUAUGUGUAUAUACACAUAUAUGCAUGCAGUUUGUCAGGUUAUAUACAGAACUUCUAUUAAGAUUUUAAAAAUGCACAAGCAAUAUGGGAUCGAAGUAUUUAUCUGAUUUGAUUAAAAUUUUGUAUGUCACCAAAUUUUUAAAGUAACAGUCAAAUGCUAAGUCAUCUACUUGGCUACUAUUACACCUUAAAAAUGAGUUUACACACCUACACAAUUACCUGUUUACAUGGUGCUCAUUUGUUAUCUUAAAGGUAAUGUGGGACUAUAGUAGUGAGAUGGAUUCUACCAGCCACUCUGUUUCAUUAACAUUUUAGUCAAAAACUGGGUUUGUUCUUAGUAUUCAUUAAUGAGAAUCAUAAAGUAACUUGUACUAGAAGGCCCAAAUCACAGAAUAAAAGAUAAAGAGUGUAUUAGCUGACAUUCCAUACUAAUACAUUGUUGAUGCUUUCUUUAAAAUAAAUAACUUAAAAGAACAUAAAAGAAAAUCUCAGAAGUAGUUUGCUGCUAAUAUAUACAUAUAUUGUAUAAAAAGGUAUAUUUUGGUUUUGUUAAAAUCCUUGUUGACUUUUCUACAGUGAACAUUUUUUUAACUUGAUUUAAUAAAAAUGUUAAUUUUGGAAGUGGAGUUUUGUAAAAACCUUUUUCAGUCAAGCAGUAAUUUAUGGGUAGUAAUAACAAUCACCAAAAAAGCCAUACAUCUUAACAUAUGCCUUGGUUGUGUCAUUCGAAAGAGUGAUGUUUACUAUGUGCUUGAACAUUUCUCUGCGGUUACAUGAGUGUAAUUGUAAGAAUAGCUGUUUAACGAACUCUUUUUUAAAAAGACUUUUGACCAUAGGUUUUUCCAGUUUAAGCAAUAACUUUAGUACUUUCUUUCAAAAUUUAGGACUUCCAGUAUGUCAAGUUAAACCAUUCUGAGAUUUGAGAACUUCUUUAAAGGAAAAUUGUAGAGAUCAUCUUGAAAUUGUGUUUUGAAGUUUGUGGGUUAGUUAUAUAUCAUUUAUAGUCUGGUGUGUCUUUCAUAUAAGUUUUUUUCAUAAGGAAAAUAUUGACUUUAUUUGCUUUUAUCUGGGAGCUCCUCAGUAUGGAAAUGUUUGUUUAAAACCUCCCAUCCUUUUGUCAGUGGAUUAGGAAUAGGGAUUGGCUUUACAGAUACACAGUUUAAAUUCAUGAGACAGUCCUUGUUUUUAGUAUGCAUAUAGCUGAGUCAGGAUAAGGGAGGAAACUGUAUUGAUGCUCUACCUAAAUUUCAGAAUACCACUUACAGGCGUCAACAAAUUACAGUUUAUGUUGUUAAACAGUCUUAUUUGAGAUGUAUUGCUUUAUUUUUCAAUUAAACGUGGUUUUCUCCUA